GUCACUGCGGACCAAAACGUCAACACGUUACGUUGAUGGACGGGAAGGAAGCGCCGGGAAACUGCAACAACAAUCUGCUUCUGAACAAACGACUCGCUUGUGGAGCCAGCGACUCUGCCCGCGUCCACGUCCGCGAGGACGGACUGGGAAUCACCCGGCAAAUUAGGCAAACCUCAACUAUCAGCCGCUAGUGAGCUUUUUUCCCCUCGCUGAUCCGCGAGCGCCACUAAACCUUCUCUUUUUCAAAACCACACGUGUGUACACGCCGCUCUGGGGCAGAACAAGGGACCGAGUUGCAGGAAGCGUCGUCAGAGUCCGGGACGCCGGGGCCGUGAAAGGCAGCGGAUGCUAAAGUAGCUAACGCUAGCACACGCACUUGGGGAGGCUUCUCUAAAACGCCGACAUGUUUGGCUCUUCGAGAUCCGGGGGAGUCCGAGGCGGACAGGGACAGUUCACCUGGGACGACGUGAAAGUGGACAAGCACCGAGAAAACUACCUCGGGAACUCCUUGAUGGCGCCAGUGGGACGAUGGCAGAAAGGCAAAGACUUGACCUGGUAUUCAAAAGACAAAAAGGGCGGCGCAGUGCGGACGAGAGAAGAGGAACUCGCAGCAGUCAAAGCUGCGGAGCACGAAGCCUUGAUGGCCGCUCUAGGGCACAAGAACAUCAAGCGACAGCCGACCGGCUUGACCAAAGAGGACCUAGCGGAGGUUUACCGGCGGGAAGAAGACGGUGAAGAGAGGAGCGUGGAUCGGAUCUCUGGUCUGGGGAGCUCAGGAGGGCGGAAACUGGUUCUGUCCCAGGCAGAAAAAGAGGCUGCCAAAAUGGGCCUGCCGGUGUUUACACAUCACAAGACCGUGUCCCGCCCGGAAACCAGCGCAGCCAAACCUCAGCAGAGCCUGGAGAAGACGCAGCCAGAGGAAGUGCCUGAGAGCAAAAAGAAAAAGAAGGAAAAGAAGAGCAAGAAGGAGAAAAGGAAGAAGGAAAAGAAAAAGAAAAGGCACAGGAGAGACUCUUCGUCUUCUGAGUCUGAUGACGACAGAAAAAGACACAAAAAGGACCACCACCAUCAUAAUCCAUCACAGCGUAGUCAGAGUGGAGCCAGACCCCAUGACAGCCAUUCAAGAGGGGCCGAGCCUCAUCAGCGCCACGACACAGACUCCAGUGAUGGGGGGUCCCCGGUGGCCCGUAACCCUGGCAGCCACAGGACGGCCCCCGGCGGAGCCGCACAAAGCCACAGGCGACGCCACGACACCGACUCGGACAGCUGACGUCCGCCCCACCCCCUCGCUCCGAGACGCAUUAUGUGCAGACCUCAUUCACCCUCUGAGCCUGUUUUUAGUGAAGUGACCUAUCACUUGAAUAAAGUUUCACUCAACCUUCUUCUCAACACUUGACCUGUCCUGAGCCGCGCUCGUGUGCCGCCGCAGGACCACAGGACUGUUUUGGUUUGUCCGGGGUCUCUGAGCAGCUCCAGACCAGAUUGGUUCGUGGGCUUUUCUGAACCAUACCAGGAGCCCUCACAAGGCCUGAUGAAGCAGGUGUUAGGUGAUCCUCCAGCAGCCCCUGUCAGAAGAACCCCUUGGUCUCCGACACAAGAUUCCUACUUUAUGUUUAAUAUAUUAAGGGGGAGGGGGGCGACAGUGGACCCCAGAGCUGCGCUGGGCGCCAACUCUCGGGCCUAAAAUCCCUCACUAUAUGAGCCAGUGAUUUAAUAAAGGAAAUGAAUCAGGUUUUUCUGGAGGCACAGUUCAUUCAAGAGUCUUCCUUCCUCCCCUGAAGCGCCCAGCAUCCCCCUCUUCUUCUUCUCCAUUAAUCCCCUCACCGUCCCGACUGGUGCGACACCUUUGGAAUGCUCUCUCCGCCGGUCAUAAUGGGGUGCAGUGUUUGCGUUAGCCGUGAAUGGCUCUGGGGGUCGGGGGGGUUCCGCCGGCUGGCACCUGAGGGGGUGCACUAAAAAGAGCAAGGCAUUCAUGAGGAGGAGAGCACGAAACCAGGCGGCUCCUUUUACGAGGGCUGAGCAGCGCCACACACAAGCCAAGCUGACGGAGCAGCGGGAGAGGAGGCCGGACAAAGCCGCCGCUCCGAGGAGCCCGGGGCCCACUCCCACCCUCCGCAGCAGCUCGUCCCGUUUCACAGGCUCGGCUGCUCCAACCAUGGCAGCGUAAUCGACCUGCAAGAAUGCUGUGGCUCGGCCGGCCAGGCUGCAAACACCUGCAGCAUCAGGGCGGUCAGGACCAGACCCAGGCCGACGUCACUGGAGGAUCCACUGGUGCACCACCCGUCACAUGACCGUGGUCAUUUCAGGUCACCUUCAAACACAGCAUCUCUUUAUGAACUGUGACUUAAUCCACGUGUUAUUGAAAACACUUGUUAAAUUAUUCAAGCUUCAGGAGACAUUUCACUGCUACAGUCCAAGGUCAUUUUCAGGAAA